UCCGUGUCACCAUCGUGCAAGAAUAAGAGAAAAAGAACAACAACAGAGAAUUUGAUUUUCCCUUUUGUUGAUGUCAUCGUCGUGCAGUUCACAGAAAAGGUGCAUUUUCACAUCCAGAAUCAAAGCGCAAGAAGUAAGGUCUUUUUCGCUUCCCGAGAACUCUUUUGGCUCGGAUCCCUCUUUUUUCCAGAUCUCGUAAAAGGACUAAACCAUGACUAGCACUCAGGCGGGAAGUAGCCUCCAGCUGGCGCCUCUGCGGUCCGUCAAUGAUUUCCUGCUAGAAUCGGCCCGAUUCCAGCUGCCCAACUUUCAGGAUUUCGAAAAGUGGGGCAACCGAGUGGUGAAGAACCUGCUCUACUAUCAAACCAAUUACAUGCUGAUGAGUGGAGCCGUAUUUCUGCUGAUCGGGUUGAUUCAUCCCUACAAGGUGAUCCUGGGAAUGAUGGUCAUUAUGGCCUUGCUGUACGUGUUUGUAAAGUUCUUCGCUGCUGAGGCACGCAGGACGAUGGGGGCGGCCAGUAGCCAACAGCAACCGAACAAGUGGGCCGUCCUGGGAGGAGUUCUCGGAUGCUGCUAUCUUUUGCUGUUCAUGUUCGAUGCUGUCCUGAUUGUGAUGCUUGCCGUGCUUCUUCCCUUCUCACUGACCUUCGUCCACGCUUCUCUGCGAUUGCGAAACAUUAAGAACAAAAUCACCAACACGAUUGAAGUCGUUGGCGUCAAGCAAAGCCCGAUGGGACAGUUUUUGGAAGCGAUGGGUCUGAUGCCCGAUGCGUUCUAACUUGUUCGCGAUCUACGCGUUUCCAUCAGGCGGACACUAUCUGCUUCGCUAAGCCAUCCAAAGCGCAGUGAUUUAUUUAACGAAACCAAACUAAAUGAUUAAGCCUAAACAGACAUCGUUAUUGUUCUUCGAAACCAACCGUUGCUGGAACGGACUUAUGUUUUGAAAAUCUUAAAAAGAAUCUGAUGGGAGUCUGUUUCAUGAUUUGAUUGAAUGUACAUAGGCAUCAAUUAGCGCAAGGCAGCAAUCAAUACCUAGUCGUAGAGCCUUCACCGUGGAGGUAAUUAUAUUUAAAAUAAUGUUUGUCUUUCUCAAAAAAUAAUAUAACACCUUAACAAUGAACAUCAAUAAAGUAUAUUUUGAUCAAGUUUGAAA